AUGUCGUCUGAUUCGAGCUAUACUCGGCGUGUAGUGUGCUUCUAUGGAUUGAUUGCAAAUGUGUUGACUUCAAACACAGACAAGAACCCAUCACGGCGAUAUUACAGAUGUCCAAAUGAAGAUAAUGAAGAUUUGGAGAAGACCAUUCAUGCCAUGUGCAAGCUACAAAACAAGAAUGAAGAGCUGGAGAAGGCCAUUCAUGCAAUGUGCAAGAGAAAGAAGAUUGAGAGAAAAUUGAUUUUGUUAGUUUUAGUUUUUUGUGUGGCUAUGUAUUGGAAUGGAGUUGGAAAUGGAAAUGAUGUUGGUUUUGUCUUAUGGCAGACUGAAGUUCUAAAGACUACCAACAGAGUUCUUGGAUGGACUCUUUGUACUAGGACCACCAACAGAGUUCUUGGAUCGACUCCUGGUAUUAGGACCACCAACAGAGUUCUUGGAUCGGCUCCUGGUACUAGGACCACCAACAGGUUAAGUGGCUAUUGUCCUGUGUUGGAGGUGAAGCUAUGUGGCCACUGCCUUGUGUUGGAGGGACAGCUGGUACAUUCUCAGACCCACUAG